AUGUCCAUUGUCUAUCCCCGAUAUUCAGGACUUCUUAUUCAAAAGGCUAUUCAUAUGGACGGAUUCACAAAAGUUCAUUCUUCCAUGUUAUUUCGGUAAAUAUCGUUUUUGGUGUCCCAUUGUCCGAAGUAUCGAAUAUUCAGAUAGAACGGAUUGCGACCGAACGCGGAUUCUUCCAUUUCGCGGCGCAUUAAAUUAUACACUUGACGCGCAUUAUACAUCGGAGCAAUUAACGUUGGCCGACUAUUCGCGUAACAUUAACCGUUCAUCGAUAUUCCCUGAUUGUUGCAGUAAAUAACGUGCUCGUGAACAAUAAUUAAUUCGUUUUGAUCGUAAAUAAAGGAGCCAACGAUCGAUCGGUAAGUGACCGUUCCAGUCGUGGAUUCCUCCAGCAGGCUCACCAGAUAAUUCGCCCCUUCGUGCAUCCUUCGGCACGCGUAAUCAGACAGGAAUUUUUCCAACUAAAUUUCAAGGGUAAUCACAGGAUCUGCAACUAUCCGCGAUUAUCCGGUUUUCUCGGUAGUAACUGUGUUAAUAGGCCAGAAGGAACGUACUCGAGAGAGAGGUCGCUUUUCUGUUUUUUGAGAAUUUUGAAAAUACCCUCGCUUAUAUGACAGUGUAAUCCAAUCUUUCGUUCGACUCAAAACUCCAAUCAAUAGCGAAUUGUAUUCCUUUGUACUGUAGAAAGAUCCACGAAAUUCGAGACACUCGAGGCAGAUUUCGUCAGAAAUUCGAGCGACACUCGAGUAAUAUCGGCGAAUUUAAUAUCCGAUUCGGGCGUUUAAACGACGACGAUCUACCCUAUCCAACGAGUGUGGUAUCGGGGCAACGAAGGAGAGUGGGUGGGCCUGACACUUGCGGUCCCAGGACGAAAUCGACGGUCGAGCUUCGAACGGCGGGACAGAGCGAGAAGGACAGAGGGAGAGCGAGGUCUGCGGAGUCGGAGAGGGAGCUGAGGGGCCCUGGCUCGAGCUCGGGGCCCGGUAUAGGAGCGGAGAGGGGCUCGAGGGGGCAAAGGCACAUUCCAAGGCAGAACGGCUGCCAGUGA